AAAUAUAUGGAGUAUAAAUCUAAAACCCUAAUCCCCCUUUUGUCUCUCAUCUCUCUCACUGAGACUGAGCUGAAACAACAAUGGCGAUGAACAUAAUUUUCAACCGAUCUCGUCCUCUUAUCCUGAAAACCCUCAAACCCAUCUUCUCCAAGCCCAUAUCCACCUUCCCAUUUCUCUCUCAACAACCCCAACCCCUCUCCCCUGAUCCACCCACUCCGGCCCCACCCUCCCAAACCUCCUCAGCUACCUGGACCCACCCCCCUGGGUCCACCCAUUCUCUGGUCCCACUUGACUUUCUGCAGACCCAUGUUGUUAAACUUGAGAGGAUUGCAGAGUCCUUAGAUUUGGAGUCGAUAAAGGAGCUUUUUGCUGAUUGGAUGACAUUGCAGAAAUGGCAUGAUAUGAAGAAGGUGUUUGAGCAUUGGAGCAGUUGUUAUGAUAAGAAUGGGAAGCUCAAUAAGCCUGAUGUGGGGUUGUAUAAUCAUUAUUUGAGAGCUAAUUUGAUGUUGAAAGCGUCGCCUAGUCAGUUGCUUGAGUUGGUUUCUGGGAUGGAAAGCUUAGGGAUACACCCGAAUACGGCUUCGUUUAAUUUGAUUCUCAAGACUAUGUAUCUGUAUAAGGAGGUCGAUACUGCUGUCCAAUUGCUUGAUAGGAUGAUCGAGUCAGAAAAAGAGACAGUAAAAGACAGUGAACAAGAUGUAGUCUGUAGGCCUGAUGACGAGUCGUUUGAUUUGGUUGUUGGUAUGCUACUUCAUGAAAAUCGGAUGGAAGCUGCAUUUAAGUAUAUAGAUUUAAACUUGAAAUCUGGACACAGUAUGUCGUCAAAUGUGUUUUCUGAGUGUGUGUUUAAGUUUAUGGCAUCCGGAAGUUUGGAUACACUGGUCUCAGUUAUUGAACGGUGCAAGAAAAUGGACCAAAACAAGGCUUUAAGACCAGAAUGGAAACUGUGCCUCGAUAUGCUAGACUGUGCUAUGAAAGCUGAUAACAGUGAGCUAGCAUAUUAUGCCCUUGAAUUUAUGGCUAAGUGGAUGAUUCAGGAUGAAAAUAUGAGACCUCCUCGUUAUCUCUCCGUGGAAGAGGGACUGGUCGUGUCUUUGCUUGCAACUGCUGGUAGAACUUACAGCAAAAAACUCCUGGAUGCUGCUUGGACAAUUCUUAAGCGUUCUCUGCGUAAAAAGAGGGUAGCCAAUGCAGAAACUUACCUUGCGAGGAUACAUGCCCAUGCAUCCCUAGGGACUGAUCAUUUGAAGAAGGCAUUUGGUGCUCUUCAUGAAUUUGAAUCCUUGUAUGGAGGUGCUGAUAAACAAGCCGCAGAAGAUCUAUUUUCUCCAUUUACUGCCCUCUAUCCAUUGGUUGUGGCUUGCUCGCACAACGGCUUUGCAACUUUAGAUUCUGUCUAUUUUCAGCUGGAGAAUUUGAGCAAGGCAAAUCCUCCGUACAAGUCUCUUGCUGCAUUAAAUUGUAUAAUCCUUGGUUGUGCAAAUAUAUGGGAUGUUCAUCGUGCUUCCGAGACUUUCACAGCAAUAAGCACUACGUUUGGAUUGACACCUGAUGUUAAUUCAUACAAUGGUCUAAUCUGUGCUUAUGGCAAGCUAAAUAAGAGGAAAGAAGCUCUAGAGCUAUUUGAACAGCUUAAAAGUUUAGGUAUUAAACCAAAUGCAAUGACAUAUGCGCUUCUUGUUGAUGCUCAUCUUGUUGCUAAAGAUCCAAAAUCUGCACUCUCAAUCAUAGAUGAGAUGGUAAUUUCAGGAUACACACCAACAAAGGCGAUUCUAAAAAAGGUCCGGAGGCGGUGUAUUAGAGAGAUGGACUAUGAAAGUAAUGACCAGGUGGAAGACUUGGCCAAAAAGUUCGGGAUCCGCAUGGGUACAGAGACUCGCCGUAAUCUACUAUUUAAUCUUCAGUACACUGCUGAUUAUGUGCAGGAGAGGUGAAUCUAUGAUGCACAUCAGGAUUAUAUAGUUUUUAGAAGAUGAAGGUUUUUCUUAAAUAUCGGAGGCAAAACUUCUGGGGUCUCUUAGUUUCUGAAAUCAGAUUUGUUAAAGAUGUUCGACACGUCGACUUUGUCAGUACAUCUAGUUUUGCUGGACUGAAUUGUUGCAGAUUCACUUUAGGAUCUUAGACUUUUAUGCCUGAUUGCUAGAAUGGCCCCUCUACUCUUUGCAUCGCCAGGAACAGUUUAGGGGUGGAACAGUUCAAUUUCAAAUAAUUGCAACAUGGGGCUAGGUUGUGACAUAUAGUUCAUUUUGUUGCUAGUGAAGAAUUGUAUUUCUCUUUCGUGUUGGUUCAUAUGGAUGAUUCAUUUAUAUUAGCGAUUUAAUAUGUUGAUAA